AUGGCUCCGCUCCUUGCAGGCGUGCCACGGGUGAGACGAAUGCUGCUGUUAGGUGUCUUACUGGCGACUAGCUGCAUCCUUCUCACUCUGAAGAGUCCGGCCUCGUCGCGGAAAGUCUUCACUGCUCUAGUUGGCGCCAGAUUCAAUACUGGUGAAGGCGUCCUGAAGUAUGUGAACCCACUAAUAGGGACAGUCAACGGAGGCCACGUGUUUCCUGGAGCAACGCUCCCUUACGGCAUGGCCAAAGCUGUCGCGGAUGUGAACAACUGGGGGGAAACCGCCGCCGGUUUUGUAUCGGAUGACUCUAAAAUUGCAGGUUUCUCUCACCUGCAUGAUUCUGGUACUGGAGGUUCACCAUCGCUGGGGAAUUUCCCCAUCUUUCUUCAUCCAGGCUGCCCAGAGGAUGAUUUUCAACAAUGUCAAUACACAAGAGCGUCCAGGGCAGUCGAUAGGGUUAAUGAUACGACAGAGGCGCGGCCCGGUUACUUCUCCAUCGGGCUUAAUAACUCCAUCCGCGCAGAGAUGACUGCGACAAAGCAUACGACUCUGUACAGAUUCAACCUACCUGCUGCUUCUCAAGUCCAGUCCAAGGAAGACGUGGUUCUUAACAGGCCGCUCCUACUUGUGGACCUUAGUGAUCUUGCUAAUAGCAGGUACGGGGGCAACGUGCAGGUAGACCCAGAGACGGGCAGAAUCUCAGGCAACGGGACCUUUAAUCCAUCGUUUGGGAGAGGAAAAUAUACAGCACACUUCUGUGCUGAUUUUCGGGGGGCCGCCAUCUGGAAGACCGGCACUUUCCUGGACGUUAAGGCGAAUGAUACCGUCAAAGCUCUAGGAGAUGUAGGAAGUGAUUUCCGUAUUCCCAGUGGUUCCGCUGGCGCCUGGGUCCAGUUCGAUCGAGCUGCCAAAAACCGAAUAACAGCACGAGUUGGGCUUUCUUUCAUCUCCGUGGACCAAGCUUGCCGAAAUGCCGAGGAGGAAAUCCCCUUUUUUGAGUUCGAUCGCACUUUGAAGGAUGCUGAGAAGGCGUGGGCAGAGAAGCUGUCCGUCAUUGAAGUUGAUCAUUCUGGGUUGGACGUUGAUCUCUUACAAACUUUCUGGUCUGGCCUCUACCGUGCUCUUCUCUCUCCACAGGACUACACGGGUGAGAAUUAUCUUUGGAACUCUACCGAGCCCUAUUUUGACUCAUUUUAUUGCAUCUGGGACUCUUUCAGGGCCCAGCAUCCACUGCUGUCGAUCGUUGAUCCGCAGGAGCAGACUCGGAUGGUCAGAGCCCUGCUCGAUAUCUAUAAGCAUGAGGGCUACCUGCCAGACUGUCGGAUGAGCUUUACCCCAGGUUAUACCCAAGGAGGUUCCAAUGCCGAUGUCGUGCUGGCGGAUGCCUUUGUCAAGGGCCUCAAAGAGGGCAUUGACUGGGACCUGGCGUACGAAGCGGUUAUCACUGAUGCCGAGGUGGAACCAAAAGACUGGACCAGCGUGGGCAGGGGUGGGAUCGAGAGCUGGAAGAGCUAUGGCUAUAUCCCGCAAGAUGACGAAGACAACAACGGGACCGGACCCAUGACGCGUUCGAUUUCACGAACUGUCGAGUAUGCUUAUGAGGACUUCUCAAUCGCACUGAUGGCCCGAGGGCUCGGUAAGCCAAUUGAGGAAAAGAAGUACCUCGAAAGAAGCCGCAACUGGAAGAAUCUGUUCAAUCCCGAACAGGAGGAUCAGUACAGGAUCAAUGACGAUCCAGUCACCGGAAGUUCAUUCAAAGGAUUUUUGCAACCGCGCCUAAGGAAUGGGACGUUCACGUCACAAACUCCACGACUAUGCAGUCCAAUUUACGAACAGCAUGUAUGCUAUUUCGAUACACAGUAUGAAACGUACGAAGGAAGUCCAUGGCUGUAUACCUUCUACGUGCCGCAGGAUAUGGCAUCCUUGAUCACCACGUUAGGAGGGAAAGAGGCUUUUAUCGAGCGCCUCAGUUACUUUCAUUCAUCAGGCAUCAUUUAUAUGGGCAAUGAGCAAUCGUUUUUGCCAACCUUCCAGUUCCACUAUGGUGGGCGGCCCGGUUUGAGCUCUUAUUGGGUUCAUCAGUAUAUCCCGGAUCAAUUCAACGCUAGCGUAAACGGCAUCCCGGGCAACGACGACUGCGCCAUGGGAGCAUUCACCACAUUCGCCUUCAUGGGUUUCUUUCCCGUGGCUGGUCAGAACGUGUAUCUACUCACACCCCCCCUGUUCAGAGAGGUCAGGUUGAAAACGCCGACAGGAAACUACGCCAUAAUCAGAAAUAUAGGCUUCGACGCACGCUACGAGAACAUCUACGUCCAGAGCGCGCGACUUAAUGGGAAGCCAUACACGAAAAGCUGGAUCGCUCACGACUUCUUCUACAACGGCGGGUUGCUUGAACUGACUUUGGGGAAGGAGGAGAGUACGUGGGGAACGAGAGAUGACGACUUGCCGCCGAGUAUGUCGACAAGCUAUCAGGAUAUGUGA